GCCCACAGCAGGUGAAGAAAAGCUGGACCCUUCUGACUAGAAGCCCGGCUCAGGUCGUACAAGGGGGUGAGAGGCCCUCGGCCUCAGGAUUCUCACCAGAUGCCUCUGGGGUAAACCUAACGCGAGGAGCAGCAAGCAAGGGGGCAUGUUCGACCAGUGAGGGAGGCUGUGGAGAGUGACGAGAGGGGGGAGGCCCGGCGGAGCACGGAGAUGCCACCUCCCACCUGCAGAGGGAGGGACGGGGGCAGGUAACAGCUGGCCCUCUGGAGAGCCAUGCCGCCAGCACCUGACGGCUCCAAAUGCCAUUUAGGAAACAAAUGAAUUUUUAAAUGACGCUUCUUUACCCCUUUAAUGAAAAGGGGUCCGAGAACCAAACGUGGCCUCAUGUUCAAAAGCACGUAAAGAAUCUGACCCGUGGCAGUGGGGAUCUCGUCCCGCUUUCCCCACUCGAGGACUGCCCUGCACCGCCCUUCACGUGGGCGGCUGUGUUCUGCUGUUGCCUCGUUUUAUUCUGCAAGGCAGUGAUCCAGUCCUAAAGAACUGCUCAGCGAGGCCAGGGUGUCUAGGUUUCAACCUCCAGGUCAGAGUCAGUGAAAUCCUCCAGGGAGGAAAGGGUAACAAAACCUGCCAGGCAACUCUGCUCAUGUGAUUUAAGCUGCAGCCGCCGCAAGAGAAGCCAGGGAGAGACGAGACCGGACCGGGCAGGCCGGGCGAGGUCCCGCCAGGGUUUCCGUCCCCGGACCAGGAGGACCGUCUUCGGGGAAGAGCCGCACUGACUACGCAGGGGUCCUGCACGGUCCAGGCUGAGCAGGAAACUUAGAGGAAAACACUUCAAACCACGGUAAUAAGAAAGUGACUGGAGCGCAAACCAUGAGCCAGCUGCGAGCCACAAAGCCUGGAAUUCUCGUGUGCGCAGCCAUUGGCAUCUUUGUUUUUCUUUAUUUAAGGAAUCCAACUUCUGAGGACCCAGAGGAGGGACCCACCCACCCAGCAGUAGUGGAAUGUGGCUUUUAUCCAGAUGAAUUAUGCUCAGCUUUGUUUGAAGGGAAAGAGGCGGCCCUCCAAAUCGCAAAAUUUUGUAAAGAUCCUCACGGAUCUGAAAUAGUUGCUCGUUUACACAGACCAGGAAAUUGCUCCAGGAUUUCCCGGGAGCUGCAUUUCAUAACCAGACCGCUGUCUGCAGAAGAGGGUACCUUCCCUUUGGCAUAUAUUGUAACUAUUCAUAAGGAGCUGGCUCUGUUUGUGCAGCUCCUCAGAGCUAUUUAUCUGCCCCAAAAUGUUUACUGUAUCCAUGUUGAUGCAAAGGCCCCAAAGAAGUAUAAGACUGCUGUGCAAUCCCUGGUUAACUGUUUUGAAAAUAUUUUUAUUUCAUCAAAGAGAGAGAAAGUGGCUUACACUGGCUUUAGGAGACUACAGGCAGAAAUCAAUUGCAUGAAAGAUCUAGUCCAUUCCAAAUUUCAAUGGAGCCAUGUCAUUAAUCUUUGUGGACAGGAUUUUCCGAUCAAAACUAACAAAGACAUCAUACGCUACAUCAGAAGCAAAUGGAAUGAUAAAAACAUCACUCCUGGAGUAAUCCAGCCACCAAGCAAUAAAUCCAAGACAAGCCAAACUCAUCGCGAAUUCACUCCCGAAGGAAACAUCUAUGCAUCUCCAAACGAAAGAUUCAGAGACGACCCGCCCCAUAACUUAACAAUUUACUUUGGAAGCGCUUCCUAUGUACUCACGAGGAAGUUUGUGGAGUUCGUGCUGACAGACACCCGAGCCAAAGACAUGCUUCGGUGGUCCCAGGACAUCCACGGCCCAGAGCGACACUACUGGGUGACUCUGAACCGACUGAAAGAUGCUCCGGGUUCCACCCCGAACGCUGGCUGGGAAGGAAACGUUCGCGCCGUUAAAUGGAGAAGCGAGGAGGGAACGGUUCGUGACGGCUGUAAAGGCCGCUACGUGCAGGACAGCUGUGUGUAUGGCCCGGGAGACUUGCCCUGGAUCAUUCAAUCGCCGUCUUUGUUUGCCAGCCAGUUUGACUCCGCAGAGCCUCUGGUGGUCACGUGCUUGGAGAGGUGGCACAGACUUAGAGUGCUCGGGCAGGCAGAGGUCCCCGAGGAACCGCACUGGCACUUCCAGCGGGAGAGCCAUCUUAAUAGGAGACUGAACCCCUGAGCUGGAGGUCACAGGGCGUGUCUGCGUGCUUACUGGUGUCACUGCUUCCUCAGCUGGAGACUCGAGAACAUGCAC